CCCUCUCUCUCUCUCUCUCUCUCUGAAAACAAGAAGAAGAAGAAGGAAAGCUGAUGUCUGUUGCUCUGGGAGCUCCCUCAGGCUCCAUGGACAUUGCAUUUGCCACCCCGGAGAUGGAGAAAGAAGAGAACAAGGACAAGAAGCAAGAGGAGGCGGAUGAGGAGGUGGAAAAAGGGAGUGAGACCAAUGGCGAUGCUGACGAGAAGCUGAGCAGGAAAUACAGCUGCACUUCGGUCGGUUCGACCGACAUCAACGACGACGAUGGUGGCGAUGAUGACGACGACGACGAGAAGAGAGCGGUGCAGCUUGGCCCCCAGGUCCCACUCAAGGAGCAGCUGGAGAUGGACAAGGAUGAUGAGAGCUUAAGGAGGUGGAAGGAGCAGCUCCUGGGAAGUGUUGAUCUUAAUGAUGUUGGAGAGAAUCCAGAUCCCCAAGUAAACAUCCUUAACCUUACCAUCCUGACUCCUGGUCGUCCGGAUCUUGUUUUACCGAUUCCCUUCAUCCCUGAUGCAAAGGGAUAUGCAUUUGCUCUCAAAGAAGGUAGCCGCUACCAUCUCAAGUUCUCUUUCAUUGUCUCCAACAACAUUGUCUCUGGGCUCAGAUACACAAACACAGUGUGGAAGACUGGAGUCAGAGUGGAGAACACAAAAGUGAUGCUAGGGACUUUCAGUCCUCAAAAGGAGCCUUACACAUAUGAAUUGGAAGAAGAGACCACCCCUUCUGGUAUUUUUGCAAGGGGAUCCUAUUCUGCUAGAACAAAGUUCUUGGAUGAUGAUGGGAAGGUCUAUCUGGACAUGAGUUACUACUUUGAGAUUAGAAAGGAUUGGCCAACUACUUCUUGAGCAUGCUACUAAGUUUACUGAUGAUUGAGUAAAGAUGUUCUUCUAUCAAAUGUUGUAUGCUUCCAUCCACAAAUGAAUUCAUAUUGAUAUUUCCUAGCAGGCUUAAGUGAGAGAUUUGACUUGUUUUUUUCGCAUAAUUGCAAUUGAAUGACGACUUUACAACGAAGUAAGCUGCGGGAUUCUUGUACUGAAAUAUUAUACUCCCAUGCUGGAAUCCUUUCUCUCUAUCAACCUUUGGUAUGGAGAUUCUUUUUGACAA